AGCGUGACCCCGCCUAUGACCUCGGGGCGUUCCGCCUACGUCUGAGCGUCAGGUGCGCACGCGCACUUACAGGCUUGUUUUGCCAGCUUCACGCCACCCGGGAUGGGAGAAAGCAGGUGUCGCGAGAGUUGGGCGCAAGACGCCUUGUAGGGAGUGUAGCUAUGGCCGGCCUGCGGAACGAAAGUGAACAGGAGCCGCUCUUAGGCGACACACCUGGAAGCAGAGAAUGGGACAUUUUAGAGACUGAAGAGCAUUAUAAGAGCCGAUGGAGAUCUAUUAGGAUUUUAUAUCUUACUAUGUUUCUCAGCAGUGUAGGGUUUUCUAUAGUGAUGAUGUCCAUAUGGCCAUAUCUCCAAAAGAUUGAUCCGACAGCUGAUACAAGUUUUUUGGGCUGGGUUAUUGCUUCAUAUAGUCUUGGCCAAAUGGUAGCUUCACCUAUAUUUGGUUUAUGGUCUAAUUAUAGACCAAGAAAAGAGGCUCUUAUUGUCUCCAUCUUGAUUUCCGUGGCAGCCAACUGCCUCUAUGCAUAUCUCCACAUCCCAGCUUCCCAUAAUAAAUACUACAUGCUGGUUGCUCGUGGAUUGUUGGGAAUUGGAGCAGGAAAUGUAGCAGUUGUUAGAUCAUAUACUGCUGGUGCUACUUCCCUUCAGGAAAGAACAAGUUCCAUGGCAAACAUAAGCAUGUGUCAAGCAUUAGGUUUUAUUCUAGGUCCAGUUUUUCAGACUUGUUUUACAUUCCUUGGAGAAAAAGGUGUGACAUGGGAUGUGAUUAAACUGCAGAUAAACAUGUAUACAACACCAGUUUUACUUAGCGCCUUCCUGGGAAUUUUAAAUAUUAUUCUGAUCCUUGCCAUACUAAGAGAACAUCGUGUGGAUGACUCAGGAAGACAGUGUAAAAGUAUUAAUUUUGAAGAAGCAAGUACAGAUGAAGCUCAGGUUCCCCAAGGAAAUAUUGACCAGGUUGCUGUUGUGGCCAUCAAUGUUCUGUUUUUUGUGGCUCUAUUUAUCUUUGCCCUUUUUGAAACCAUCAUUACUCCAUUAACAAUGGAUAUGUAUGCCUGGACUCAAGAACAAGCUGUGUUAUAUAAUGGCAUAAUACUUGCUGCUCUUGGGGUUGAAGCUGUUGUUAUUUUCUUAGGAGUUAAGUUGCUUUCCAAAAAGAUUGGCGAGCGUGCUAUUCUACUGGGAGGACUCAUCGUUGUAUGGGUUGGCUUCUUUAUCUUGUUACCUUGGGGAAAUCAAUUUCCCAAAAUACAGUGGGAAGAUUUGCACAAUAAUUCAAUCCCUAAUACCACAUUUGGGGAAAUUAUUAUUGGUCUUUGGAAGUCUCCAAUGGAAGAUGACAAUGAAAGACCAACUGGUUGCUCGAUUGAACAAGCCUGGUGCCUCUACACCCCAGUGAUUCAUCUGGCCCAGUUCCUUACAUCAGUUGUGCUAAUAGGAUUAGGCUAUCCAGUCUGCAAUCUUAUGUCCUAUACUCUAUAUUCAAAAAUUCUAGGACCAAAACCUCAGGGUGUAUACAUGGGCUGGUUAACAGCAUCUGGAAGUGGAGCCCGGAUUCUUGGGCCUAUGUUCAUCAGCCAAGUGUAUGCUCACUGGGGACCACGAUGGGCAUUCAGCCUGGUGUGUGGAAUAAUAGUGCUCACCAUCACCCUCCUGGGAGUGGUUUACAAAAGACUCAUUGCUCUUUCUGUAAGAUAUGGGAGGAUUCAGGAAUAAACUAGCUAAGACUGUGAUGGAAACUACUUGCUGUGUGGCACUUCCUGGUCUAAAGCUCUGCUAGACAAUUGCGGUGAGCCAGUCUCCAAGAAUCAGACUACAGAUAUUGCAGAUUUUGAAGAACAAGAACAUAUGUUGAAUAACAGAGAGAAUUCUACAUGUCAUUGUGAAUAGUAGGUUAUAUAAAAACAUACUAGAUGAUAAUUUCCUUACCUCAGAAAUGAAAUAUUAUUCUUAUAAUACCUUUUUAUGGUUGCAUGAACUAAUGAGUGAAUGGACAAUGAUGAAUAAAUGUGAAGCUGUAUUCUUAAUACCCACUGCAGAAGUGUCAUUAAAAUAAUAUACAGUGGAACCAGAAAGAGGGUUCUGUAAGAAUUAGCCAUAGCAGAACAAAAUUAUAGAAUUUUAAAUACCUCUACCCAAGUAGAGGUAUUUUUAUUCAGACACCUACUUUUUAUUUAUUAAAAAAUGCAUUUUCUAUUAUCAAGUUCACUUAUGAAAUAAAAAUUAUAACACAUAUUUUCCAUUUAGCAUGCCUAACAUCCUACCUUGCCUUCUAUGAGUCUUUCUUCUAAUACUACACCUCUGCCUUAUUUUAGUUCAGGGUUUCACUAAGUAACCCCUACAUUAAUAAAUGAGUAUGAAUAAUGCUAAUAUUUGAGCAAUACAGAGGAUUAAGAGAUCAAGAUACUUCACUGCCUAUUAGCCUAAUAGGGAUACCUACUUUCUUUCAAAUGCCAAUAAUUCACAUUAGAAACAUAAUCCAGAUAUGUGUUAUUUUAUAUAUAUAUAUAUACAAAACAGUAAAUGGUUUCUUAAAAUUAUUGCUAUUUUUCAACCCCCUUAAACUGGAGAAAAACAUUUAAUUAGUAAAACAUUAAUUAAUUUACUUUAAUUUUUCCCAUCUCUCAGUAGUGGCGGGGAGGAACACAACAGUUUUCAAUCUAUGUCUGCAUAGUUGUAUAGAGCUGCAGAAUUUUAGUUGGAUUUUUAAUUUGGAUGAUCCCUGACAGCCCCAACCUAGUCAGGCUAAUAAGUAUUUGAGGCAAAAUGGCUUUAAUCUAACAAUUUACUGAGUUUACCUGAAGUUGGCUAAAUAACACUGUAUGUUUAACUUCUACCUCUACAUAAGUUGAAUGCUGAUAAAAGGAACUAGUAGAUAACUAUGUAUAUUGAUAAGCACUGUUACAGAAAAUGCAAAAAUAUUUCUAAACACUUUUCCAAAUGUUUUCUACUUUAAGUUAGAAAUAGUUUCAAAUCUGAGAAUAAACACUAUAUAAUCUGCACUUUAUAGGUUGGGUGCAGUGUCUCAUGCCUGUAAUCCCAGCACUUUGGAAGGCCAAGGCAGGAGGAUUGCUUGAGGCCAGGAAUUCAAGACCAGCCUGGGAAACAAAGUGAGACCCUGUCUUUACAAAAAAUAAAAACAAAAAUUUAAAACUGUAUAAUCUGCACUUUAUGCUAAACUAGCUGUGCUCUUAAACUCAAUUUUUUCAGCUCUAAUAAAGGGCUUAAUUUGAUAGAAUUAUUCUACGAUUAAAUUUUGAAGACUGUUUUCACUCUCCUCUGCCGCCCAUAGCAAGACUGCUUCCAUAGAUUUCUCAGAACCGUAGCCAGUUCUGGCUAUUUGGUCAAGUCUGGGAUCCCUCUUACCUGCUAUUCUGCAGCUGCUUUCUCUGUCUUACAUCUUUUGGGCCACGUCUAAUCUUAAAGAGUAAACUCUACCCUUGGUUUGCAUAGUGUUCGUGACAAAAAUAACAAGAAUAAUGGUAAUGAUGAAAAUGAUAAGAGCAAAAUUUGUGGAGUGCUUUCCACAUUCCAGGUAAUGUGUAACAUACAAUUUAAUUCUUACAGCAGUCUUACGGAGUGAAAAUACUAUUAUGAUUCCCGUUUUACAGAUGAAAGAAUGGAGGCACAGAAAAGUUACUUGUCUAAGUAACAGUCUAUCCUUAAAGUCCACAGUCUUAACCACUUGAUUUUUCAUAGUGAGGAAAAUAUCCCAGAAAGUUGCAGUUUCAAUUAAUUACUAAUUGUAGGGUAAUUUAACUAUACCAAUGACUCCUACUAGCAGAAAUAUUUGGGCAACAUAAGCCCACUGACUGGAGCUUUUGUCUUAGCAUAAUAACCUGUUUCCAGCAAGAAUAUAACAGAAAAGUUUCCCAGCUUUCAAAAGUUUAUAAUAUUGAUUAAAAUUUAGAUAAACUUAACCUUACACAAAUGACUCUUACUUUCCUUUUUAUUGAGAGCAUUUUCUUUGGAGCAUUUUCUUCUUUGGAGGAUUAUACCUUGCUCAUUUAGGCACAAAAGAAGGCGAAAGGAAGUAACAUGGGAUUGGGAAAAGAGCAAGGAGAUAAAGUUUGAGGAAAAAAAAUCACCAUGUUGAUGUCUUCUUGAGUAGGCCAAGUUGCAUAUAAAGAGAAAAUGACAACAGGAGAUUUUAAGGUAUGAUAUAUUGUUAAGAGUAGUACAUAUUUAAGAAGAGAAAAUAUGUUUUUGAAAACAAAUUUAAACUUGAAAGGAUGAUUUUCAUAUUUUGAAGGGAUUUAUAACUUCACAAAGCAUCUCCAUUCUAUCUUGUUCAGCUUUACAUUUAAAAAUAAACUCUUCUUGUUCAUAUAAACCUUAUCUCUUACAUAAAGUGAAAUCUGUUAAUUUUUUGUUUUGACAAGGAUAAACUACUUAUCUGCAUCUGUUUAAGAAUAGAUUAACUUAUUUUGAGAAGAAAUUCUGGGCACCAUUUUUGACCAUUGAAGACUUAUUUGUAAUUUAAUUUCUACUUUACAUUGUGAAUGUUCAUUUUCUAAUAAACAAGAUUAUUUUGCAUAUGUA